UGGUUCAAAAUGGCAGAUAAACAUUGAUGCAUCAUAUCGUACCGAGUCAGCUGGGUGUUGCCGGUCGGAAUAGCAGUGUUCUGGGAUGUAAAUCAAUUUAUUGAUACUUAUUCCUACUACUGACUGCUGGAUCAAUUUAACCAUGGCUGACAAAGAAUAUGCUCCUUUAACAGCUGCAUGUGUCAGAGCACUCGUCGAUAAAUUGUAUGAAAAGCGAAAGGGUGCAGCUCUUGAGAUAGAACGAGUUGUGAAAGAAAUGCUGGCAGGAAGUCAACUGGAUCAGAUUAAAAAACUAUUACGACUUUUGGGAGAGGAUUUUGCAUGCUCACAGAACCCCAACACCCGCAAAGGAGGUCUCAUUGGGUUGGCUGCAGUAGCAAUUGGCCUUGGAAAGGAGUCGUGCACCUACAUCGACAGCCUGGUGCACCCUGUUGUCAUGUGCUUCCAUGAUGGGGACAGCCGUGUACAGUACUACGCCUGUGAGGCGCUCUACAACAUUGUCAAGGUGGCUAGGGGAGCAGUGCUCCCACACUUCAACGAAGUCUUUGAUGGACUCAGCAAGCUCACAGCUCACCCAGAUCAGAAUGUCAAGAAUGGAGCCGAGCUUUUGGACAGACUCAUUAAGGACAUUGUGACUGAGAGCUCCUCCUUUGACCUAGUUGCCUUCAUCCCUCUGCUGAGGGAACGUAUUUACACCAGAAAUCCUUUUGCACGCCAGUUUGUUGUCUCCUGGAUCGAAGUCCUGGAUGCUGUUCCGGACAUCAACAUGCUGGUCCUCCUGCCUGAGAUUCUGGAUGGACUCUUCCAGAUCCUGGGUGACAACAGUCAUGAGAUACGCAAAAUGUGCCAGGGAGUUUUAUCUGAAUUUCUGGAAGGCAUUCGGAGGUCCAAGAAUGGAGUCAACUUUACUGGGAUGGCAAACAUUCUCAUAGUGCAUAGUCAGAAUUCGGAUGACCUGAUCCAGUUUACGGCCAUCACAUGGCUGAGAGAGUUCAUCGCCCUGGCCGGACGUUCCAUGCUGCCCCACAUGGCUGGGAUCCUCAACGCUGUGCUGCCAUGUCUCUCCUACAGCGACGACAGCCGCAAAAAGGUGCGUGAGGCAGCAGAGAACCUGAAUUUGGCCCUACGCAAGCUUGUGGAAGCUCAGGACGAUCAGCCGACGCCCACAGCAGAGAACAUCACACUCCAGGGGGAGCUGCAGAAUUCUGAGGCUGGGAAAGCUAACAGUGCCAGCAUCCAGUUGGAAAUCCUGUCUGUGAUCAAAGUAUUGCAGAGAUUACUUGGCCACGAGACAAUACAGACACGUGUGGCAGCGCUCAAAUGGUUCAACCUGCUCCUCGUGAAAACACCUAACAAAACAUUCCGGUACAUUGAGGAAUUCUUCGGUUUGUUAAUGACUACUCUGUCUGAUCCUUCUGAUGAUGUUGUGUUAUUGGACCUAGAAGUUCUGUCCGAAAUCUCGUCCAAUCCAGCUGGUUUUGGUUCCACCCCAGGUGUGGUGGAAGGUGGUGCGGUCACUCCUUCAUCUGACCGCUCAUCCGGUGAUCUGAAGCUGAACCCGUACUUCACCAAACUGAUGAAUGGCCUCAUCGACUGGUUUAAGAAAGACAAGCAGUUGUUGGAAGACCGAGGGGCUUUUAUUAUUAGACAACUGUCCAUCUACCUGAGUGCAGAGGCUAUCUUCCGCAGCCUGUCCGAGAUUCUUCUGACUGAGCAGGAUGUGAGUUUUGCUUGCACCAUGGUACAGUCACUGAACACUAUCCUGCUCACUUCCACCGAGAUUUACGAGCUGCGGUCACAACUCAAGGAACUAGCCACUGAGGAGAGCUGCAGUCUGUUCUGCUGCCUGUACAAGUGCUGGAGUCACAGCCCCAUCUCCCUCAUGUCUUUGUGCUACCUCACACAGAACUACGCCCAGGCCUACAGACUCAUGCAGAUCUUCGGGGAUCUGGAAGUGACAGUGGAUUUCCUCAAGGAGAUAGACAAAUUGGUGCAGCUGAUAGAGUCGCCCAUAUUUGCCUACCUGAGGCUACAACUCCUGGAAGCCCACAAGAACCCAGAGCUGAUUAAGAGCCUGUAUGGACUCCUGAUGAUUCUGCCCCAGUCUGAGGCCUUCAAGCUGCUGCGCUACAGGCUCGAGUGUAUACCACAGAUCAACCUGACACUCACACUGGACACAGAGAGCAAACGGAGAGGUGAGGACCGGCCAUUGGUGAAAAAGAUAAACUUUGACGAGCUGUUAAGUCAUUUCCUGUCUGUGCAAGCAAACCACAGAGAUUUCAAGCGCAAACAAGUUGUGUACAAGAUAUCAGCAGUGAAAAAUUUAGAUUUAAAAUGAUACAGUAUUUGUGAAUUAGACUUAUUUUUUAAGAACUUGUACUAUUAUUACUGUUAUUACGAGAUAAGCGCAAAAUCUGUGCAAUAUAUUAUGGUUUUAUUGCCUGUACAUACCAAUGAGUAUGACUGAAUAAGGUUGACUUGGGGAUUGAAGGAUGUCUGAUUGCCUCGUAAUAGCUCUUUAUGCUUGUUCAUUCUUUAUGCUUAAAUUUCUAACCACAAGCUGAAUUUUUUUAUGUAGAUACUUUGAUCAAAGUCAAUCCAUAUAAAGUUCUUCCCAAGUAUGAAUGUGUCUGGUCAUAACUUUGAGGUUAUGGAAAUGAAACUAAGAUCAUGACCAAGGAUAUUGUGUGUCUCAUACACAUAUGUUAAUAUAUGAAAUCUCUUCUUUACCUCAUACACCAUGGGUGGCUUCUGGGCUUAACAGUGGUCAUGCGCUUUUAAGCCAUCGCAGGUUGAAGAUUUCAUUCCGCUUGCAUUGAUAUGACACUCUCAAGUAAUAAUCAGGGAUGCCAUUCUUUCUUUAUUUUUUUGAAGAACAGUUAUUAUUCCAAGUAUUCUUUUUCUGUUGAACACCAUAUUAGUUGUUAUGUCUAUUAACUGUCUUUUUUUUUCCAAAAGCAAAUUAAUAAAUUUUCAGUUAUUUUCACAAAAUCCUUGUGGCAUUCCUGAAUGAUACUCCCAGCACCACACCUGGAAAAGGCUCUACUAACUCAGUAACCUAAGCAUGUCCUGUUGAACUCUCUUAAGUUCAGGGUCACAGAGGCAGUGCUAUACGGCAAGGCUAGAACCAGUGGCAGCUCAGUGAGCAGCAUGGUGGCAGUGCAAAGCACUAGCAUAAAGCGGGCAUAGGUAUGGGAAUAGUAUAUCAUGAACAGUCUGAGAUUGUGUCUAUUUUAGUCUGCUUACCUUGACCAAUUUUCCAACUUGAGAUUGUGCUGUCUUAUAGGUCAUAUUAAUGCUAAUGGUCUGCAAAGCUUUCCACAAGUGUAGUCAACACUUCUGUCAGCCAAAAGAGUGUUUUUCAGGUUAGAUUACCACAGCUUAAUGUGCUAUUUGCCUGGGUGAUGCCUGAGAACCUUGGUAUGAAAUGGUAAAUGUUACAUGACUCCCCAGACACAGUAAUGGUAUUUAUAUGCCAGCGAGGACCAUGUAUUGAUAGAGGAUCCGUAAAAUGUUUGUUGCUGGAUUUUUUUAAUUUUCUGUUUAUUUGGGCUUUACACAGGCCUUAGAAUUUUGGGCAACAGUGCACAACCACGCUCAAUGGGCAAACCACACCUGCCAUACACCUUUGCCAGCUUAUGGGAUCAUUUCUUUAUGUCAUACACAUUUUUCAGCUUAUGUAACUAUUGCUUUUCUCCAUCACAUCUGUCAAGUUAUAAUUUAUUACAUAAUUUCUUUUUAUCUUAUAUUAUUAUGUCUGUCAACUUACUAACAAGGUCAUUUGGUUGUCUGCUUCACAUCAAGGUGUUAUUUGGGAGGGGGGGGGGGUUGUUUUAUACUAAUCUGUAAUCUUACGAGGUCAUUGUUUGUCUCUUGCACAUCUGUCAUCUUGUGAUAUCAUUUCCUUCGUUGUACCUCAUCUUUAUGUCUCUCCUCCAUUGGGUACUCAUUUGCUCUCUUCAUUUAUUUCCCUCCUUGUAUUCUUUUGCCCCAAAGUGCCUUUAUUUUUUAGUAUGAGGUUCAAUGUUGCAUUGUGGCUCAGUAGUGAGGUAGACGUACUUAUGGUCGAAAUAUCAUGGGUUAGAAACCUGAGAGAACUUCAUCUGAUGACAGCAUUACUUGGAAAGGGUUUUUACAUUAUUCCUCCCAGGUUUUUACUUAGGUCCGUGCAUGUGUCAGGAGGUGGAACUUUGAACAGACUGACGUCCUGUCCAGGGUUUGAUUAUGAAAAUAUGAAGCAAAGUUAGGAGGGUUUUACUCAGAGUCAAAAGUAAAGGAUGCUACUCAUAAUAAAGAUUAUAUUUGAGCAAAAUUAUUUUUUUUAAAUCAUUGUACUGGAAGGGAAAGACAAGAUCAAAGUAUAAAGUAAGAAAUUAUGUGACCAUCAAAUUUGGAACUGAAACAGUACCUCAGACUGAGAGAACAAAUGUUAAAUGGGUAACGGACUGAUAUGCACUGACAUAAAAAUAAGGGGCCUAAUCAAUGGCAUACUGAGACCACUAUUGAUAAAAAAUUACUACUUGUAGCAAAGGGAUAAUCUAAUUGUUGAUACAUUUGGAACUGGAAUAUGCUUUGGCUCUUUAAUGCUCUGACGGCCCAUAUAGGCUUACUUUUCUUUUGAAACGAAUUACUUUUAAAAGUCCUCUUUGCUUUUUUUAAUUUUUAUCAGUCUUAGUGUUGUGAAUUUUAAUCACAUGUCACUUGUCCACGGCUAAAAUGCUGUUUUAGGAACAGACUUGUGUAGUUUUUUAGCAUUUGUUUUUGGCAAGUUGUCUUUUUCUCUGUGAUUUUUAUUGUAGAUGGGAGUAUGUGGCUGUAGCUUUAUAUUAUUUUUGCUUCUCUUUGGGUAAAGUGAACAGUCAGAUUGUGGCCUCAUUAUUUUUAUACUUUCCACAUAGUUGUCAUGGUGUACAAAUGUAGCUCACUUGUUGCUUCCAACCUCUGGGUCAUGCAUGCUCUGUAAUUUGCACAAAUGUUUCACUUUGGUUUCCUUUGUGUUUUUUCUAUCGACCUCAUGGCUUUAUUUUGUCUUUUCAUACAUUCCUAGACAAGUACUCCACUAAUGUGAAAUCAUGGUUUUGUUCUGCCAAGUUGGUCUGUGAUAUAAAGCAUAAGAUUGGCUGUCCCCAUCAUUCCAUCCUCCCCCGUUAUAGCCUUUUUAAUUUCGAUAUCUCAGUCCUCAUGUGUAUGCAUUUUCUUUUACAUUUUUGUGUUCAUGCGGUAGAGUGUAUGUGUGCCAUGUACGAGCAUUCGUUUUUAUCAAUUACAUUGUCAUGAGUGGAUUGGAUAGGCUCCCAAACUUUGACAGGAGAUGGGUGUUGAGUAGAGAUUUGGAACAGAAGGAGCGAGAGAGAGAUUGGAGAGCUCACAGUGGUUUAUUGUGUUGUGUAUGAAUGGUAUCCACCCUUUUGAUAACCUUGUUCAAGUAAGUUAUUAAUAAGAGAGUAUAACAUGUUGAGGCAUUGUCUUUUGUUGAAAAGUACGAGGAUGUUACUGUUUUGUAAUGUUGUCACUCAAAGUGGAGUUAUCAGUUGUGACUUUAAUUUUGCAAUGCAAUUUUGUAUAUAUGUAUUCUUUAUUGUCUCCACUGGGAGACUUUUUAUCUUAACAAAGUCAGACUUAGGCAUCAUCUAUUACUCUUAGUAAUAGCUGUUACAGAUUGCUCACUUGUUAUGAUAUUGGUCAGUGAUAAGGAGGAACAGUUUAGGACAGUUUGUGUUGUAUAUUUUAUCAGGGAAAGAAUCAUUUUUUGUGGGUGUUCAUCAUCAGCCGUCUUCCUCCCCCUAAAGGAACAUGGCCUUCAAACAAGACGCCAGCUGAUGGCUCUGUAUAGGUCCUUUUUCUCUAGCUCACUCCCACCCAUGUCAGACCAGAUCUUUUUUAAUUAGCCUUCUGAGAUCUGCUUCAUCUGUUCAAGAGAUCUUCUCCUCAUUUAUCUUUAAAUAGAAAUCCCAGUUUUUGGUGUGAAGGUUACUGUUCACCGUAAGUCCUCACCUCUAUCCUUACAUUUAUACCAUUAUUUUCCUAGGAACUUUGGUUCAGAGAAGGAUGUUUUCUCCUGUGGCUUCUGGUCCCUGGCGCUUUGGAAACCAGAAGGUUAUAGUUCCCCUUGAUGGGGAAACUUACAUCUGUAGAGAGCCUCCCUCUGAUAGCAAAAAAUCAUCCAUCCUCUGGGCUGUUUUGUAAGUGGUUGAACUGAACUUUCCAAAAUUUAAGUGUUUGCAAAUUCUGAAAGUCCUAUCUUUUGAGGUGUCAAUGGUCAUUCUGUCAUGAAUAAGGACUUCCUUUCUGCAUGUCAAAAUGUUUUUAUAAAACAGAUGCGGUCUUAUUUGAGAAAUUUUCUCUUAAUCAUAUUAUUAUAUAAAGGUUCCUUCACACAAAGAUUGGUCUUCACUGGGCGGAAGUCACUCUCCGAAAGGAUCUCAGGAUAUGGACUUGUUGCUGUGAUGUGAUCAGUUACAAAUUUCACUCACCUGAAAAAAGUCACGGUUCAAAGCCACUUGGGGUUGGGGGUAGCAUUGGCUUCUUCUUUUUUUGUGUGGGGGGGGGGUGAACUGUUCAUUUCUAAACGGUCCAAUUGUCCUGGGGCCUGUUGUUCUUCAUGGCUACCUGUUAUUUUGAAUAGCACCUUCUGCGCAAAUUAAGUUGUUUGCUAUUGUGAAAUUGACUGUAUGCUAUUGGAUUAAUGACGGAAUGUUUCUCCAAAGGGUGCCAAAAUAUUCUGGGCCUGGCAAAGGAAAGCAAGAGAGCACGCCAUUCCAAUACACCCCCCCCCCCCCUAUUCCUCUGAAAUAAACGUCACGCACAUAUAAAUAUACAGGCUGUACCUUGACACGGGAUCUUUCUGUGAUGUUCUUCAGCUACAUGUUUCAUUCAUCAAAUUGGAAUAACUGAGUGGACAAAUAUGACAACAUGAUGGACAUUUCUGUACCCAGUCUAACGAGAAUGGACCAUGACAUGUAAACUUAAAACCCUUGGCUUUUUUUAUGAAGCCAUGUUGAAAUUAAAGCUGCCUUGAGGGAAAUGGCAGCAAAUGGUAAUUUGUUAUUAUUUCUUUUCUUCUAGUCUUAAGAAACAAUUGACUUUCAUGGAUGUUUCUUGUAUUUUUUUCUUACUUCAGAGACAUGACACACCCCAGAAUUAACUUUUUAAAAUAAUUCGUCUUUCUCCCAGAUUUCCACCCCCAGUUUUUCUCAUUUUUCAAUUCUUUUCUUCAUUCCUGUAUUUAUCUUCAGAUUUUCUUGUUUUCAUUCUUGAAUAAAACAUGUCUCACAAUUGAACGUGGUAUUCGUCCUGAUGAUACCGAUACCAGUAAUUGUAAUGGACUUGAUAGUGAAUCAACUGUUAUUGCUGAAUGCAGUGAACCUUGAGGUUUGUCACUUGUGCUAAGCCAUUGAAUUUUUGUGUCAGAUACAGUAUUCUUAAUAUUUUAUUAUUAUAAAAAUAAAAAAGAAUAGUAAUGCCUGUUCUGCAGUUGACCAGUAGCAUGUAUCUCUGAAAGUUGUGACUGCCGUCAUGCUAACUUCGCAUUAUGUCUACUUGUCGAAUCUUUCCUGGGGGAAAUGUUCUCUAUGGCUGUAAGUAUAUUUAUUUAUGUUAUGUAUGCACUGCUUUGUAGUUCUUUAUUUUGAAAUAAUAAUUUGUAUCUAGUAGGGCAUUUAAAUCAUAUUAAAGCAAAAAAAAAAAGCACCAACAAAAAAACAAAAAA